CUUCUCUCAUUCGAUUCCAUCAAUCAUCAUUUUUUCUCUUGUCAUCAUAAGCUUCGCGUCGGGUUCAAAAAUUAGUUCGACGUCUUCUUCGACUAAAAAACCAGUUCCAAGUGACGAACAGCGUUACCAAGCCCUUCUCAAAAGGUUCCCGUUGAUCAUGGACAAGAGAAAAGAACCGUGUCUUGCGGGUGCCUGGUGGAAAUCAACCGGUUCUUUUUGCAUCGACGAAAAAAACAUCAGAACGCACAACUUUGUGCCACGAUUGUGCUUGAAUUUGGAGAAAAUUUUGGUGAACCAAUCAGUGGUUGAUUUUGGGACUGGUUAUGGUUAUUUGGGGAGAUGUUUGUUGAGAUUGAAGCAGCGAAUGUUGCCGAAAUCCGGUGGUGGUCACGCUGUUGAGGAUUUCGACUUUUACAGCAAAAUGAAUGCAUCCAAUGCAUGGGAAAGCCCACCAUUAAUCAGAUCCUUUGAGGGAUUUGAUGGAGCCUUGAACAUAGAAAACAUUACCCAGGGAUUUGUCAAACACCUGGAUCUCACACUGGCAGCAAACCUGAAUCACUCCUUUGACUGGGUGAUAUCUUUUGAAGUGGCAGAACAUAUUCCCAGACGAUAUGAAUCAGUGUUCUUGUACAAUUUGGUGAAACAUAGUGACUAUGGCAUUGUUCUGUCCUGGGCCAGUCCUGAAUAUGGCAUGGUGGAAGCCCAUCCUAAUCCAAGAUACAACUCUGAAGUGCAUGCUUUAAUGGCAAGGAUUGGGUUUGACAGAGCUGUGGACCUUGAGAAAAUUGUCAGCAAAAUGAAUGCAUCCAAUGCAUGGGAAAGCCCACCAUUAAUCAAAUCCUUUGAGGGAUUUGAUGGAGCCUUAAACAUAGAAAAUAUUACCCAAGGAUUUGUCAAACACCUGGAUCUCACACUGGCAGCAAACCUGAAUCGGUCCUUUGACUGGGUGAUAUCUUUUGAAGUGGCAGAACAUAUUCCCAGACGAUAUGAAUCAGUGUUCUUGUACAAUUUGGUGAAACAUAGUGACUAUGGCAUUGUUCUGUCCUGGGCCAGUCCUGAAUAUGGCAUGGUGGAAGCCCAUCCAAAUCCAAGAUACAACUCUGAAGUGCAUGCUUUAAUGGCAAGGAUUGGGUUUGACAGAGCUAUGGACCUUGAGAAAAUUGUCAGGUUUGAGCUGGAGAAUGAUGGCCAUGUUGGAGAAGUUUACAAAGUGCAUACUAUGGUAUUUGUCAGAAGAUAUUCUAAGAAAGGAAAUGGGACUCAUUAA